ACUCUACUAAAAUAUGUGUAUUCUGUCUCCCUCAUCCACACAUACAAACACACAGCGACUAUGUAGCCUGCUUUAGAGAGAGAAAGUGAAGCAAAAAAGCAGCAAUCUUCACGAGCUCCUUUCUUCUUCUCUCUCUAUAUCUAUCCACCUGUAUCUAUAUAUCGCCAUUAAUUUAUUAAGGUAUCAUAUGUCACUGCUAUUAUUGCUGUUAUUUUUAUCGUGAAUUAUCGUCAUCACCACCUAUAUUUCAGCCAUCCCUAUUAUUCUAUUAAAACCCUAAUUUUUGUUGGGUGUUUGUGGUUGUGCACGUAAAAGUUUCACGGGUUUUGAGCUCACUUUCGGUAUUCUAUCCCUAUCCCUAUCUCUAUCUCUAUCUCUUUCACUAUCACUAUUCCCCAACCAAAAUCAAACAGCUUUCUCCCCAAUCCCUGUGAUCGCUGUUUUGCCACGUUUGAUUUUGAUGAAUUCGACCAAGAAUUGAAAAUCGAUUGGAUUUUUUUCCCCCUGUUUACGUGGAUGGUUGUAAUGCGAACUGGUGAUUUGAGAGGUUUUGAAGUCUCGAACAGGUUUGCUUUAUUAGGGUUAUAAUUAUCAGUGAAGAAUCAAAUGGAUCGAUCUGCGCUUACAGUGGGUCCGGGUAUGGAUUUGCCUAUCAUGCACGAUAGCGAUCGCUACGAGUUAGUGAGAGACAUUGGUUCUGGUAAUUUUGGGGUGGCGAGGUUGAUGAGGGAUAAACAUACUAACGAGCUUGUUGCUGUCAAAUACAUCGAGAGAGGUGAGAAGAUUGACGAAAAUGUACAGAGGGAAAUCAUUAACCACAGAUCACUAAGGCAUCCCAAUAUCGUUAGAUUCAAAGAGGUGAUUUUAACACCAACACAUCUUGCGAUUGUUAUGGAAUAUGCAUCUGGAGGAGAACUGUUUGAACGUAUCUGCAAUGCUGGAAGGUUUCCAGAAGAUGAGGCACGUUUCUUCUUCCAGCAACUGAUUUCAGGAGUCAGCUACUGUCAUAAUAUGCAAGUAUGUCAUCGCGAUUUGAAACUAGAGAACACACUUCUAGAUGGAAGCCCAGCUCCUCGUUUAAAGAUUUGUGAUUUUGGGUACUCCAAGUCAUCUGUGUUACACUCACAACCAAAAUCCACCGUUGGGACGCCUGCAUAUAUUGCUCCAGAAGUCUUGCUUAAAAAAGAAUAUGAUGGCAAGAUUGCAGAUGUGUGGUCAUGUGGUGUAACAUUAUAUGUUAUGCUUGUUGGAGCUUAUCCUUUUGAAGACCCUGAUGAACCCAAGAAUUUCCGCAAGACUAUACAGAGAAUUCUCAAUGUCCAAUACUCGAUUCCAUCGUAUGUUCAUAUAUCUGCUGAGUGUCGCCAUUUAAUCUCAAGAAUCUUUGUUGCUGAUCCUGCUAAACGGAUAACAAUGGAUGAAAUAAGAAACCACGAAUGGUUUUUGAAGAACUUACCAUCCGAAUUGACGAAAGAAAAUGCAAUGGACCAAUUUGGUGGGCCCGAUGAACCGAGUCAAAGUGUCGAUGAAAUAAUGCAAAUAAUUGCAGAAGCUACAAUUCCUCCAAUUGGAGCUAAUAAUUUGAAUCAAUAUCUUACUGGGAGUUUGGAUAUUGAUGAUGACAUGGACGAGGAUUUGGAGAGUGAUCCGGAUUUGGAUAUUGAUAGUAGUGGGGAGAUAGUUUAUGCAAUGUGAGUUUUAUUGUUUUUUCAAAAAAAAAAAAAAAAAAUGUUGUUGUAUGUUGUUAUAAAUCGGUGUUAUUGUUAUUGUAUAAUGGAUGAUGGAUAAUGGAUCCCCCUUUAUUUUUCUUACUUUUUUUGGGGGAUGUUUAAUGUUAUUACUUAUUACUUAUUAAUAAAUAGGGUGUAACUUGUAAA